UCUGUACACUGUGAAAAUGUGUUGUUGCCAUUGCUAAUAAAAAUACUGAUUGGCCAAUAGCUUGGCAGGACUUUGGGGGCAUAGAUAAUGCUGGAAAGAAGGUUAGAGUCUGGGGAGGCAAGAACCAGACACAUAGAGAAGCAAGAUGAAUGUGCCGUGUUGAGAGAAGGUACCACCACAUGACAGAGGGUAGAUAAGAAAUAUGGGUUCAUUGAACCACUGAGCCAUCUCUCCAGCCCCUAUGGGUUAAUUUAAAAUGAAAGGGCUAGUUAGUAAUACUAAGUCUCUGUGAGAUUAUUUUGGAGUCAUGGGUCCUAAAAAAUCUGCUUACAAAUGGCACUCAACUUUUAGGAAUGUUCAUGGUUCAAUGCAGAAAACCUAAACAUUUAAAAUGUCAUAUGCAGCAGAUUUCAGAGAAGUUAAAGGAUCACAAUUUGUUAAAUGCAUCUGGAGUACACAAACUUAAUUCCUAAAUACCUGUGUUAUCUAUUUCUGGAUUACAAAUUAUCCUUAUAGUUAUUUAGUAAUGAAAAAGACAAACUUUUAUCAUCUUAAUUUAUGUGGGCCAAAGAACUAGGACCUAGGUAAUUUAGAUUGGAUGGUUUCACCUCAAGGUCUCUUACAAGACUGAGAUGAAGGUGUUGAUAACACCGGUGUCAUAUUAACAUUCAACUGCAAGAAGAUUCACUUCUUAAAUUACAACUGUGUUAGUAGGAUUUAGUUUCUAGUAAGCUUUUGAACUAAGAGCCUCAUUUCUUCUCUGGCUGUUCACUAGCUGGUUUCUCUAUUAAAGCUAAUAAUUCCUUAAAAAUUGGUGCAAUAAAGCUCUACUUUUAAAAAGAUCUCUUCUUCUGCUCAGUUAACUUGUUUUCUGGAAUAAUUUACAUCAAGCUUACUUGCAGUGAUUAUACUUGCAACAAGCUCCAUACUUUCUAAUAAACAUGACUGAAGAACUUUACAUAAUUUUUUCCAUUGCUUAUGUAAAGGUAACCAAAUCCAUUUAUAAAAGUACAAAAUCCUUAGCAAGAAAUGUUUAGUAUAAUGGGUGGUGGUUUCUGUAACUGGUUUCCUUAAUAUGGAGAUAUAAAGUCUACAAAGACAUACACAGGACAGAAAUGUUUGAGAGAAGUAAACAAAAACAAAUGUGUUCUAACUAAAGGUAAAGAUUUUGAAAAGUGGGAUAUCCAGAGCACAACGUUCAAGGGAGUAAAGAAUAUGGCAUAGCACAAAAUGUGAAAGUGGGAAAUCAAAUGAGUAGAUAUUUCUGAUUGACUUUUGAGAUCUGCAUAUCUAAGGACAGAAUGCUGCGGGAUUAUAGUCUUAGUUAUACAUGUGACAGAAGGACUUCACCUGCUCUAAAGCCUCUGUGACAGGGCAUGCUGCAACUGCUCUGUACGUUUUGAACUUCUGAAAAUGUGCCUGCCUGAAAGAUCUAUAUUUAUAUUCUGACUUCAUUAGCUGAAACAGGUGCUUGGAGCUUUUUAUCUUCCUAUUUUUAAUCUUUUUUUCAAAAUAUGCAUGGCUCUACCAUAUUUCAAAUUAUGAGACUUGUGUUUAUGGAGAUUUGAAAACUAAGAUACCUGGAAAAAAGUAAAAAUAUGUAAAUCCAAUUAUUACCUCAUUUCCUAGUAUCUCAUAUACUCCAAUUUGGUUUCUAAGUUUAGACUAUAAGGAAAAUGUCUGAAGGAAGAGUGAAUAGAGGCAAGACUGCCACUUUCCUGUUCUUGCAACCAAGACAAGGCCUAGUAAUCCUUUCUCUCAACACAACCUCUAAAAAAGGAAUGAUGGUUAAUAUAACCAUGAGAAGAUGCAGCCCCUCCCUGGUAAUCAGAGAAAGGCACAUUCCAUCCAUAAGGAGAAGGGGCCACUUUUGACCUCUGAAAUUAGCAAAGGCAAAAAAUGAGUGACAGGAACUGGUGUGGUGGGGGUGGGAAGUUAGUAGACAGGUCUACUUCUGCAGCACUGCUGAUGGGAGGGGAAAGUAGGGACCAGAGUUGGAAGAUGACAUAAUUCUCACGUGAUUAGAAGCUGACGUGAGCCCAAGUCGUUAUAUAUUCAUGUUUCUUUCUCCUCUGGGUAUGAGCUCUUUACUGACCUGAAGAGUAGUGGCCAAGGAGAAGAGAAGGUAAAUUCCUUAAAUCCCAACAGAUUGAUGAGCAGAAACCAUCAGGGUCUCUUCAAGUGAUAGUGGCUGAACGAGACGGGAAUCCAUCUAUACUUAUUUCCCCAUAUGUCUAAUUUGGGGAUAGAUAAUUGCACUUUAAUGAAUUGAUCUAUUUGCAUGCAUGUUUGUGAGUGCAUGUUCCCCUCUAUUUGUUUGGAGGUCAGAGGACAAUAUGUAGGAGUCGCUUCUUUCCUCCUACCAUGUAGAUCCCAGAGAUUGAACUACGGUUUUCAGGCUAAGCAACAAGUGCCUUUACUCACUGAGCCAUCUUGCUGGCUCAAUAACUGUGUAUUUGGAAAAGAACUGGGGAACAUAGGGAAUGCUUGAGAGACAGCUAGUGAUUUAUUGAUAACUGAGAAACAAUAGGCUUCUCUUGUCCUGGAAAACUCUGUCCUCUUCUUUGUCUUUCCCCAAUUCCUUGGAGAACACGGUAGCACUGAAAUGUGGUAAUGGAUGGAGAAAGACUGAAUUCAUGAGAUGGAGACAAUAAAAAUUGAGAUAAUUUGAAAUAGUUCACCUGAUUUAAUGCUAACCUGCAAUGGUGGGGUCAAAAUGGGUAAUGGGAGAUGCCUACUCUUACAAGGGUCAAGCCUGAGAGUGAGGAGUAAGGAACAGGCACAAAAAUUCUAGAGGACAGGAAAAGAACCAGGCAGUGGAUUACUUGAAAGUAAUGAUGAAAGUCCCAGAUUCCAGAUAAUGAUAACAUGUGUCUGAUAUCAAGUCCUGGUCCCUUGUUUCUGUUUGUAGGUUCAGGAAUCUGUGUUCACAGAUACCACCCGGUGGAAAAAGCGACAGGAAACAACAACAUUAUGCAAAAGUCCAGCAACGAAAAAGAAGGAAAGCCCCAGUGCAGAGAGCCAAAGAUGGACGACGAACAUCCUUAUAGAGCAUUGGAAGGCCAGAGAAUGGAAGGGAAUUUCAGACAGCGGCUGCUUCAGUCUCUUGAAGAAUUUAAAGAAGACAUAGACUACAGGCAUUUUAAAGGCGAAGAAAUGACAGGAGAGGAAGACGAGAUGGAAAGGUGUUUGGAAGAAAUAAGAAGUUUGAGAAAAAAAUUUAGGGCUCUGCAUUCUAACCAUACCCAUUCUCGGGACCGUCCCUUUUAAUGCAGUGGCCUCAGAAAUUAUUUUCUGCUAUUAAUACUUCUACUGCUUUCUGUUUCCAUUUUUCUUUAUAAAUAUGUGCUAUCAUUUUGCUUCACUCUUUCACUAUUGGUUACUGUAAUAGAUAAAUUUCAUGCUGUACACACCUCAUCUUUCAAUUCUACGCCACUGAUUUAAUACGUUUUGUUCAUUUACAUGAGAGGAUAAUCAUCAGGUAGUUCAUUGUAAACCAAAAAUUGCACGCUACAAAGCAAUAUGUAUGUGUCCAUUUAUGUAUGCUAUCAUUCAAAGUCUUAUUCUAUGCCAAAGAAGUGAAUCUGUAUUUUCUUUCUUCUUAUUUUCCACAAAAUAAUAUAUAUGUAUCUGUAUUAUUAAUUUUGUAACUCAAAAUGAAAAACAGUUAGACUUAAAUGAAAGAGGUUUAUCAGCCACGUUUGGAAAGCAGUGAACAGUAAACUUUUAAUGGUAGAAAUAUAAAAAAGGGAUGAUAAUUGCAAAUUACCUUUGGAUUUCUUAGCCAGAGGAAUAAACCUUAUCAUUACAAAAUA